GGCCUGGGGUCUAGGAUGGAGGUGGCGGACCCGCAGCAGCUGGGCAUGUUUACAGAGGGCGAGCUGAUGUCGGUGGGGAUGGACACGUUCAUCCACCGCAUCGACUCCACCGAGGUCAUCUACCAGCCCCGCCGCAAGCGGGCCAAGCUCAUCGGCAAGUACCUGAUGGGGGACCUGCUGGGGGAGGGGUCGUACGGCAAGGUGAAGGAGGUGCUGGACUCGGAGACGCUGUGCCGGAGAGCCGUCAAAAUUCUCAAGAAGAAGAAGUUGCGGAGGAUCCCCAACGGGGAGGCCAACGUAAAGAAGGAAAUCCAGCUGCUGAGGAGGUUACGGCACAAAAACGUCAUCCAGCUGGUGGACGUGCUGUACAACGAGGAGAAGCAGAAGAUGUAUAUGGUGAUGGAGUACUGCGUGUGUGGCAUGCAGGAGAUGCUGGACAGCGUGCCCGAGAAGCGCUUCCCCGUGUGCCAGGCCCACGGGUACUUCUGCCAGCUGGUGGACGGCCUGGAGUACCUGCACAGCCAGGGCAUCGUGCACAAGGACAUCAAGCCCGGCAACCUGCUGCUCACCACGGGUGGCACGCUCAAGAUCUCCGACCUCGGUGUGGCCGAGGCCCUGCACCCAUUUGCCGAGGACGACACGUGCCGGACGAGCCAGGGUUCCCCCGCAUUCCAGCCGCCCGAGAUCGCCAACGGCCUGGACACCUUCUCUGGCUUCAAGGUGGACAUCUGGUCAGCUGGGGUCACGCUCUACAACAUCACGACAGGCCUGUACCCGUUCGAGGGAGACAACAUCUACAAGCUGUUUGAGAACAUCGGGAAGGGAGACUACACCAUCCCGGGGGAUUGCGGCCCCCCACUCUCAGACCUGCUCAAAGGAAUGCUGGAAUACGAGCCGGCCAAGCGGUUUUCCAUACAGCAGAUCCGGCAGCACAGCUGGUUCCGGAAGAAGCACCCACCGGCCGAGGAGCCAGUGCCUAUCCCGCCGAGCGCGGACUGCAAGGACCGGUGGCGCGGCAUGACGGUGGUGCCCUACCUGGAGGACCUGCACGGCUGCGCCGACGCCACAGAUGACGAGCUCUUCGACAUCGAGGACGACAUCAUCUACACUCAGGACUUCACGGUGCCCGGUGGCGAGGAGGCGUCUGAGGCAGGGCUUAGAGAGAGAGGCCCGCAGGAGAGCCAGUGCUCAGACCUUUCUGGAGAGGAAGCUGAGGCCAGGGCCGCCGAGGAGCUCUGGGCAGAGCCCGGGCCCUAGUGUAGCGCUGCUCCACCCACCGCCCCGCGGUGCUGUGCUGUCCCGGGGCUGGUUCUGCAGGCUCCCGCAUAAAGGUCUGCCCCGCUGAGCGUGUGCGGGUCAUGCUUGCUUCCUUCCGGCUCGCCGGCCAGGGCUUAGGCAUUUACCGUAGAAAGAGCCCGUGUGCAGGGUGGCCAGCGGGGCCUCCAGGGAGCAGCCCCAGGGUGGGUCUGUGUGUCCCACUCUCCUGGGGGCACACUCAGGCCUCUGGUGCAGAUGGCUGCAGCCGUUCCCCAUGGGGUCCUGGGGUCAGGUGGGAUGCCCCCGCCCUGGGAACCCUGGCCACGGUCCAGUCCUGAGUCAGGCCUCCUGGAGCCUCCGUCCCCUCCACAGGAUAGAAGCAAGGUGUCCUGCCUCUCAGAGGCACUGGGGCCCUGGGACAGGUGCCUGGGUGUGAGCCUUGCUGGCUGGCCGGCUGUAGAGGCACUGACCACACACUGUCUCUUCAGGCCUGUUCCAGAGGCCUGGGACUGCUUUGCCUGGGUAGGGGAGGGCUUGUUCAAGAGCGGCUCUCUGGGCCCGAGCCAGAUCCCUGGCCUGGGAACGUCCGCCACACGAGAUGUGGGGACGGACGGUCCUGUGCUGAGGUCAGGCAGCUGCUUCUCGCUGACCUGCCCGUGGGCCGGCAGUGGGCCGUAUUGGGGCUCCUCUCGUUCCGGUCCUGUCGUGUGGUCACGGUCAGAGGCUCUCAGCUGCUCCCCUGGGCCCCUGGUCUGUCCCUGGUCCUGCCAUCCACCCUGAGGGCUGGUGCUGGGCCUUGGGCCGGGUGUUGGUUGGUCGGGGCCAGUGGCCCCAGUGCCUUGAGGGCAUGUGGGGCAGAUCCCGUGCCCUCCAGCCGCCCUCUGACCGUGGUCACUGUGCCGGAGGCUGGGCCCCAGGUGAUCUGAGCAGAGUUUCGGUGCUCAGCAUCCCUGCAGCCCCCCUCCCCCAUCAGAGCAGACACCUGACACUGCCCCCACCCCACGCUCUGGGUUCUGACCUGAGACACUUCCCAGUCAUGGGCCGGUGCCUCCCGGCUACGUCCGGAGGCCGAGUCAGGCACGUGACGCCAUUGGCAGACACAGGGCUCCGUGUGUGGAGGAGAUGGGUUUGAGGCAGCUGAGGGGUUUCCUGCUGACGUCCAUGGGAGGGGGGUGCGCCGCGGGCAGCACGGGCUCCCCGCACCCUUCCCUCCCCCAACGCCUCAGCGGGCACACAGUGGGGUGGGCGGCCCCGGGCCAGUGGCCCCGGGACCCGGUGAGGGCUGACAGCCCACACGGUUGGGGCCGGGGCAUGGCAGGCACCUGUGACGGCCUCUCCGUUUGUGCCCGGCGUGGAGAGCCGGGGCGGGCUCUUGUGGGAGAGACGGCGAGUCCGGACACCUGGCCCGAGCCCAGCCCCUCCGAGUCCCACGGGGCCCAGCGAGGUCUGGCCAUCGCACAGGUGAGAGAGCCGAGGCUCGGGCCCCAGGUCCCUGGUGUCCACCGUGUUCCCACCCACCUGAGUGCAGGGCUCCGCUCACACCUGAACAGGCAGGUGAGCAUAGGCCGGGCCCUGCCCCGGCCGACUCGAAGGCCAGCCCCGCCGCUCCCUGGAUUAGGGCCCCAUUGGCAGGACCGGGUGGGACAGGUGGUGGAGGUGCCCUGGGCCCGGGCAGGCGGGGCGCUGGGGG